CUACUCAAAUAAACAAGUACAUAUAUUCUCUCGCGUGUUUUCUCGAAAACAGAAGAACAGAAAAGGUUUGUGGCUCGAUGUCAAUAGAUACUGAAUCAGAGGUGUUCGUCGAGAUUGAUCCAACUCGUCGGUAUGGACGAUACGAUGAGCUAUUGGGUUCAGGUGCAGUGAAGAAGGUUUACAGAGGGUUUGAUCAAGAAUCAGGUAUAGAAGUAGCAUGGAACCAAGUUGAAUUAAGAGAUUUUGCUAAUGAUAGAGGAAUGAUCGAUAGAAUUUUCGCAGAAGUUACGUUACUUGAAUCGUUGAAACACGAAAAAGUUAUCCAGUUUUUCUACGCGUGGGUUGAUGAAGAACACAACAGGUUGAAUUUCAUCACUGAAGUUUGUACUUCCGGUAACUUAAGAGACUACCGGAAUAAACAUCGUCACGUUUCUUUAAAGGCGAUAAAGAAGUGGUUGAAACAGAUACUCAUGGGUUUGGAAUAUCUACAUACUCAUGAUCCUUGCAUCAUUCACAGAGAUCUUAAUUGCAGUAACGUCUUCGUUAAUGGACAUACCGGAGAGGUUAAGAUCGGUGAUCUGGGAUUAGCAGCUAUUGUGGGAAAAGAUCAUGCAGCGCAUUCGAUACUCGGUACACCAGAGUUCAUGGCACCGGAAUUAUACGACCAAGAUUACACAGAGAUGGUUGACAUAUAUUCCUUCGGAUUAUGUGUGCUAGAAUUGGUGACAUUAGAGUUUCCGUACCUUGAAUGUGGUAACGUUGCCAGGGUUUACAAGACCGUCACUUCGGGUAAAAGACCUCUAGCGAUGAAUAAAGUUAAAGAUCCACUAAUAAAACAGUUUAUCGAGAGGUGUCUUGGGCAGCCAAGAAAUAGGCCUACUGCUUCUGAGUUACUUAAUGAUCCAUUUUUUGAUGGAAUCAAUGACGAUGAUGACGAAAACAACGACGACAACAGCAAUUACGUUAUUCCACAUUUUAGAUCCCUGCAGAUAUGAUCAAACGAUGGAGUUAUAAGAAGAAUUAUUGUGCUGUUUGUUUGAAUUUUAGUAGUGAUUUACUUUGUAGAUACUAAAAAUAUUAGUUGAAUUCAUUGAUGUAAAUAUACGCAAUUUAAUCAGGGGUGGGAAGGUGCAUGAUGAGUGCUCCUGUAAGUGCUGCUGGGAUUGAUACUUGUCCAUUUUUUUUUCUUUUUUUAAUCAAUGCGAAAUUGAUAUUUUGGCUUGAGAAUUAGUUGGAAAAAUCUCUUGCUUUUUGUUGUAGUUUGGAAUUGCGAAUUGUUCUAAAGGAAUGGUUGUGUUUUGAA